GAGUGUACAAGACCUUUCAACACUGUAACAUACUCAAGGAAGAAAAACCACAGCCAUGGCAAGCAUCAAAAUCCAGCAGCAGAACAAUGCUUCAGCACUUAAAAAAUCAAAGUCUAAGAAGAACAUCAACCACUUCACAGAUGUGCACGGUCUGCCCUGCAUUGAGAAGAUUGUGAGCUCAGUGGAGGAAACACCCGAGCAAAUCGUCACCAAAAUCACUGGCAAAAUCCCAGAAUGGAUCAACGGGAGCUUCCUGAGAAACGGACCUGGGAAGUUUGAGAUUGGAAACCAGAAGUUCAAUCACUGGUUUGAUGGUAUGGCUCUCCUGCACCAGUUCAAAAUAUGCAAUGGUGAAGUGACUUACAAAAGUCGCUUCCUGUCCAGUGAUAGUUAUCAAGCCAACAAGGAGCACCACCGCAUCGCCGUGUCGGAGUUUGGCACCGUCAAUGUGCCAGACCCCUGCAAAAACUUCUUCCAGCGCUUCCUGUCAAGAUUUGAGUUACCAAAACCCACAGAUAAUGCAAAUGUGAGCUUCGUGACCUACAAGGGUGAUUAUUAUGUCAGUACGGAAACCAACAUCAUGCACAGGGUGGACCCUGAGACACUGGAGACGACUAAAAAGGUGGACUGGAGCAAAUUUAUUGCUGUGAAUGGAGCGACGGCACACCCUCACACCGAGCCUGAUGGAACAACCUACAACAUGGGGAACUCCUACAACCCUAAAGGAGCAUCCUACAACAUCAUCCGUGUGCCACCAACCAAGGACACAGAUGAUGAGACCCUGGAGGGAGCCACUGUGUUGUGCUCUAUUCCCUCACUGGAAAAGACUAAACCGUCCUACUACCACAGCUUUGCAAUGUCUGAGAACUACGUGGUGUUCAUUGAACAGCCAAUCAAGAUGGAUCUGUUGAAGAUUGUGACAGGCAAGCUGAGAACGAAAAGCAUCAGUGACGGUUUUUACUGGGACCCCAAACUCAACACCAUCUUCCACCUGAUUGACAAGAAGACAGGAAAGGUAAGCUCGAUCAUGUACCUAGCCAAGGCACUGUCAACCUUCCAUCAGAUCAAUGCGUACGAAGAGGGCGGCUUCUUGAUCAUAGAUAUGUGUGCUUCAGAUGAUGGCCAGGCAAUCUCCAACUACAACAUUCAGAACCUGAGGAAGUCUGGAGAAGCUCUUGAUGAGGUGUAUAACACCCUGUGUCGAGUCUUUCCACGGCGCUUUGUUCUUCCUCUCAAUGUGGGCAAUGAUACCCCCUUCAACCAGAACUUGAACAACCAGUUCAACACCACAGCCACUGCUUUGAGAACAGCCAAAAGCAAGGUCUUCUGUACCCAUGAAGACCUCCAUGGAGAAGAUCUUCAUCAGUAUGGAGGUCUGGAGUUCCCUCAGAUAAACUAUAGCAAGUACAACACCAAACCCUACCGCUACUUCUAUGGCUGCGGCUUCAGACAUCUUGUAGGAGACACACUGAUCAAGAUGGACCUCAACGGGAAACAAAUGAAGGUGUGGGAACGAACUGGUCUUUAUCCAUCUGAACCAGUCUUCGUACCCUCCCCCAAUGCAACUGAAGAGGACGACGGUGUUGUCUUGUCUGUGGUCAUCACUCCUAAUAAGGACAAGAGCACGUUCCUCCUGGUUUUAGAUGCCCAAACGUUUGAGGAGCUGGGCAGGGCUGCGGUGCCUGUGAACAUCCCCUACGGUUUCCACGGGACAUUCAAUAACACGGCUUAGACAUGCGAGGAAGCUCACAAAAACUCACUGUACCUCCGGGCUCACUGAAAAUUAAACCCUGUAUGUAAAUAUUAACUGUGCUGUUUGUUUAACUGGAAACUAAGAGGUCACUCCAUAUAUGAAUGUAUUGUAAAUAUGUUUUUUCCACUUUACUUUUCACCAUUUCCAUUUUCAUAAAGUGUUUAAAAUAGUGGUCAUUUAAGGCAAAGUAAGAUCAUCUUCAACGUCUGCUGUUUAGUUAUGUACAUACUGGUAAUGUGAUAAAACAAGUUUACAGCAAAACAUGUCAGAUUCAUUACAAAUUAAGAGAACUCCAACUCUUUUUACAGCACCUGUUGUGUCAGAUAGAGUGAUAAGUAAAUGCAUUGUGGCGGUGGAGAAAACGUCAUCGAUUUCAUGAAUGAUUUAUAAAACAGCUUGUGAAUCUCUGUACCAAAACUGUAGAU